ACACCGUCCGUCACCUUUCACCCAAGCCCUCCCGACAACAGGUGCAUACGGCGUCAACAUGUCUGACCACGGGGAAGUCGAGGUCGAAAACCCCUCCGGGGCUUUCCAGGUCCUGCCCAAGGACGUCGCUGCGGAGAUGGGCAGCGUCAAGCUGUUCAACCGCUGGAGUUACGAGGAUGUUGAGAUCAGGGACAUCUCCUUGACCGACUACGUCCAGAUCCGUAACCCCGUCUACCUUCCUCACACUGCUGGCCGCUAUGCCGCCAAGCGCUUCCGCAAGUCGCAGUGCCCCAUCAUCGAGCGCCUGACCAACUCCCUCAUGAUGAACGGUCGCAACAGCGGCAAGAAGCUCAUGGCUGUCCGCAUUGUUGCCCACUCUUUCGAGAUCAUCCACAUCAUGACCGACCAGAACCCUCUGCAGGUUGCCGUUGAUGCCAUCGUCAACUGCGGUCCCCGCGAAGACAGCACCCGUAUCGGUUCCGCCGGUACCGUCCGUCGCCAGGCCGUCGAUGUGUCUCCCCUCCGCCGUGUCAACCAGGCCAUUGCUCUCCUCACCAUCGGUGCUCGCGAGGCUGCUUUCCGCAACAUCAAGACCAUCGCCGAGUGCCUUGCUGAGGAGCUGAUCAACGCCGCCAAGGGUAGCUCCAACUCGUACGCCAUCAAGAAGAAGGACGAGCUUGAGCGUGUUGCCAAGAGCAACCGGUAAAAGGGUUUUGUUGGGCGUAUUCUCCGUUUGGUUCCGGGUUUUAUGUGUACUGGAGUGGACGGGGGGUUUUACUCGGGUUCAGUCGUAUUUGCAUGCAUCUGCGCGGCUGUACAUAACCUGAACAACAACCAUGGGAG